GCUUGUUGAUGCGUCUGGGAGGGUUGUGCUCUCGAGCUCGCUCUCUCUCUCUGUGUCAGUGUGUGAGUCUGGUGGUGUUUGUUUUUGGCGCUGCUUCCGUCAACAUUUAUUUUUCACACCCCCCCUGCCCCCCCAUCCACCGAAUUGCAAGCAGCUGAGGAAAAAGGAAAAAAAAAGGGGGAAAGAGGGAAGAUCCCGCGGCUUUAGUGGCGGGUUGUGUGCCUGACUGACUGAAACUGACUGCAUUCUUUGCAAAAAAAAGUUGAUCCUGAGACUGACCCAUUUUCCGUAGCUGAACUGCAGUGCUCACUUUUCAAAACUGCUGAUAACUAAGAUGGGUUGUAACUCUAUUCCUCACUAGACCUGUCAGCAUCAGCUAAGAAAUUCAACACCAACAAAUUAAGCACUGGCAGUCUUGUGGAAUGCUACUAUAAAGAGCAUGAGAAAUAGUCAGAAGUGAAGUUAACAAGAUAAUAGUAGUUGCGUUCCCAAUAUCUGUACAACUGGAAUCCCAUAAUUUCGAUCAGGGCAGAAACCAAAGGACAAAGUAUUUUGCCAUUCUGUAUUGUUAAUUCUCCCCCUUUUCUUUUGUCGCUUUCAACAGGAUUGGUCAUUGUCUUAAUAACGUUUGUGGACUGAAUUACAUCUGUAUUGUAACAAAAUGUUUGGUUUUAUGGAACCAGCUGAUUUAGCUGUUGUAGGACUUUAUUUUGUUCUUGUAUUGAGUAUUGGAUUUUUUGUAAUGUGGAAAUCCAACAGAAGUACCGUGAGUGGGUACUUUCUUGCAGGACGCUCCAUGACCUGGGUGGCAGUAGGUGCUUCAUUGUUUGUGAGCAAUAUUGGCAGUGAACAUUUUAUUGGUUUAGCAGGAUCUGGAGCAGCCAGUGGUUUUGCAGUGGGAGCUUGGGAGUUCAAUGCAAUGUUACUUUUGCAGGUAUUAGGUUGGAUCUUCAUCCCAGUCUAUAUUAGAUCUGGUGUUUAUACCAUGCCACAAUACCUUUCCAAACGUUAUGGUGGUAAUAGAAUAAAAAUUUAUUUUGCUUUCUUGUCCUUGCUACUGUAUGUCUUUACAAAGCUUUCUGUUGAUUUGUAUGCCGGAGCACUGUUCAUCCGAGCAUCACUGGGUUGGGAUCUAUAUCUCUCUAUCAUCAUUUUGAUUGCAUUGACUGCAGUAUUAACUGUCACAGGAGGACUUGUGGCUGUCAUCUACACAGAUGUUCUACAGGCCAUUCUUAUGAUUGGUGGAGCUUUAACACUGAUGGUUGUCGGUUUGGUCAAGGUUGGAGGUUUUGAGGAAUUGAAACGAAAAUACAUGCUUGCCUCACCAAAUGUUACUGGAAUCAUUGCUUCCUUCAAUCUAAGUUCUACGAACACUUGCCGUAUCCACCCAAAAGAAGAUUCUCUGAAGAUGCUGCGUGAACCAACUGAUGAGGAUAUUCCUUGGCCUGGUUUUCUGUUGGGUCAAACGCCAGCCUCUGUUUGGUAUUGGUGCGCUGAUCAAGUCAUUGUGCAGCGAGUCUUGGCAGCAAAGAACCUCGCUCACGCCAAAGGAGCCACUCUGAUGGCUGGUUUUCUAAAGCUUUUGCCCAUGUUUAUCAUAGUCAUUCCAGGGAUGAUUUCCCGGGUUCUCUUUACCGAUGAAGUUGUUUGCAUUAAUCCAGAACACUGCAUGCAAGUAUGUGGUAGCAGUGCAGGUUGCUCAAAUAUUGCUUACCCACGCCUGGUGUUGGGAAUCUUACCUGUAGGUCUUCGUGGCCUCAUGAUGGCAGUCAUGAUUGCAGCCUUAAUGAGUGAUUUGGAUUCUAUAUUCAAUAGUGCCAGCACAAUAUUCACCCUUGACAUCUACAAGCAUCUUCGAAAGGCUGCCAGCUCUCGGGAACUUAUGAUGGUUCUAUUCCAGUAUUGACAUGAUCCAGGUGUGUACUUGCAUGCGAGUUGUGUUCAUUGUUGCAAUGGUAAUGUUAACUUUCUCUGAGUGCUUCAGUCAUCUUGACCCUAAAUUCUUUAUUGGGUAAAUCAAACUCAAGCAUUUGAGGAUUUUUUUUUUAACAUAAAACAAUCUUCAAAGGCCUAAUGGGCAAGUCCAGUAAGAAACCAAAAUAAUGAUUUGCAAGCAAUUCUUAGUCUAUUUGGCUUGUCUUGCUGGAUGCACUUCAACUUGAAGCAUGAGUAUCAGAGAUGGAGUUUUGGUAAGAUACGUUUCUUACCAGAAGGAGAUUGAAUGCAUUGGUCUCAGGUAAGGCAGAGCACCUCCUCUGAUUUUUAUGGAACAGAAUCUUAUAACGAGCAUGGGAACAUAUUUCCCAUGAAUUAUUGAAUUUUCCUUGAAAAUUAACCUAUUAGGAAAUUAUCUUCUAAUUGAAGCUGCAUCAAUGGCAUUCUUCUGCCAGAUUAAGAAUAAGAUGGUAGUUAGUGGUAUAUCGCAUAGGUUGAUUCCCACAUUAAUAAGAGAUUUGUUGUAGCUGAAUUGUUGUAAGAGAGUUAAGUCUGUGUCGGAUCAACUAAAUUCCUUGAUUUCAGCUGUUCCUAUGCUCGUAGAUUUAUUUUAAUAUUGGUGCUUUAUGCUCAAAACCUUUGGCUUAAAGAAAAAAUGAAAAAUUUAAUGGAUUGCAUUGCCUUGUUUUGCUGGUUACUGCUAGAUUCAACCCUAUAUUUGCAGACCUUCCAAUCUAUUUUGUGGAUGGGUAAUGCAGCCAAAUUUGGGGCCACUUCAGAGUCUUAACUUGCUUGGUUUGUGACAAAUUCUUCACACAUUCUGUUUGAAUCAUACAUACACUGUAACCUCGCUAUAACAAACUUGCAAAGUACCAUCAAAUUGGUAAGUAGGAAGGUUUGGCUUGGAAGAAACUGGUGGUUUAGGUACUGCAGGCAUAAGAGUGAAUUCUUAUAUUUUCAAUUUGAGUACCACAUUUAAUUUGUUUUUUUAAGCCCAAAAUUUCUUCAUUUUGUUAAUUGAAUACAGUUACUUUCUUACAGCAUUCUGCAUAUUGCUUCCAGCUGGUGCUGAAAGACGACCAGUGCUGCGUAGCUAAUCAUACAGUUAAUACAUUGGUCCCAUGAAUCUUUGAAAUAAGCUUAAAUAUUUUCAAUAGGAUUAUUUGAUUACAUUGAUUAUUUGUUGAAAUCUUUCAUAAGGACAUAAAUUGUGGACUCAAUGGCAGAAGUAUGAAGGGGAGAUGAUAUAGGAGAAACUUUAAUCACUGAAAAUGAAGAAAUCUUUUGCUUAAAAAUUAGGCAUUGCUUUUUUUUGCAUAAAGGCAGAAAAUGCAUUUGAUCUGGUAUGCAAUAAUAUUGGUUCAGAAAUCUUCAGAAUUUUAAUUGUACAAAGGAUUUUGAUUAAUUUUAGGGAACAUGAUUCAAUGAACACCCAAAAUUAACAAAAGUUUGUUCCAGCGAGUUAUACAAUGUACCAGUAAACCAAUGGGAAGUCUAUUUACUUCAAAUUUAAGUAGGCAUUCAGAAAUGACGACUAGUUGGAAGGUCUGGGUUUAAGAGAUAACACACAAUGCACGCAAGCCAACCUCUAGCUUUUUAAAAAUAUGCUUAAUUUGUGAAAACACCAUUAAAUUAAAUUUUAUUCUAGUCAAUCUCCUAUGAAAUGCUAUGCUAGUUAACUUUACAAUUUUAUUAGGGAUUUUAGGGUAAAAAUAGAUCUGUAACUGCAGAUUUGUGUGCUUUCCUUUUGGAGUUCAAAGCUUGCCAUGUGUCAAACAAAAAGUUUGAGCAUAAUCUUUUUCAUCGCAGUAAACCUAAAUUCUGUAAAUGCAGAAGAUUGUAUUACUAAAUUAAGCUGAUUUGAUGAGGCUCAAAAUAUUUGUGUUCUGCUGUAAUUUGUGUAGAGUUUAAGGGUAAGAGACUAUUUUGUGGAUACAAUUGGAGAUCUUUUAUUGAGAGGGAAAGUGCACAAAGAAGCCAUGUUUGUCAAGUUCUGGAAAUUAUUUGCAUGACCUGCAUUUUUUGGCAUUCCACAACCAGUUAAACCUUCGAAGAAAGGUUCACCAUAAAUCGGCACGGUUGCACUUUGUUUUUGGUAAAAUACUAAAUUUUCCUUACUGAUUUGUAACUGAUCCAUUAGAGCAUUAAUUUAAAAAAGAGCCAUAUUGAUCUGCGCUGUAUGUAUAUUCCAUCAUACUGUAGAGAGAUGGAUGCCACAAAGAUUUUUCUAAUAUCCUCUAUUUAAACUGCAUAGAGGCUAGAUGGUUUUGCAUUCCUUUUAAUUCUAGAUUGAUGAAGAGGUGACAGUCAGACCAAAGAAUUUGUUUUUGAUUCAGUAUUUACCCAAUAGAGGCAUUACCUUUAUAUCAGUGAGAAUCUGUUGUUUACAUGCUAUUAUGCUUUUUGAGCAAUGGUUUGUAUUAGUGAUUUGGGUAUACAAUUAGUGUGCGCUCGUUGACAGACAUUGUUCAGUCACCUGGCUUUAACUGGUUUGGAGUGUCUUUGAUACUUAUAUUUAUCUAGGCCAGAGUGAUAUUGAUUGGCUGAGCAGUUUUAAUGUUCCCUUCAAAGUUGUUUUGACAAUUGUUCAUAGUACAAUGGUAUCUCUUUUACUUUCAGGGCAAAUAUAUGUGGAGACUCUGAAGCCAUACCAGGAAGUGCUUUGAAAUCCAAGCUACUCAUUAAAAUUUUAAGACCAGGAAACACAAACCAAUCACAAUCCUCUGACACAAAAUAAUUAAACACAAUUUCCAUUGUGGAAAUUAAUUCUAUAUAUAAAAAGAUUACAUGGAACCAAGUGUUCCUGGGAAAUCAAAUACCUACAACCAAUAGGUGCAGCUUCCCUGGUUUUUUUGUAUCCCUUUUUAAACAUUCCAUUCAGGAUUAAAACCAGUAUAGACUAGUAUCAUCUCUAACACUAUUACUCCAUGCACAAAUAUAACUGUGCUCUUACAAUUGGAUGCCCAGAAACUCUGCCAUUAACCAUCUGAUGUCCAUAUCAUGACAGUUUAGUUGAUUUUUCCAACAGCAAUUUACAAUUUUUAAUACAUUUUAUGAUUGAUCCACUUUGCAUUUAGUUAGCACUUUACAGGAUUGUUGAGAAACUGGCAUUCUGUCACCUGAGCAAACCUUUAUGAAUAGAUAUUUAGCUGUUCUCCAUUUUUCGCUCAUUCUGACAUCUGAUUAAUGAACCACAGUACAUUGGACCAUUUGUCUUAUGGCUACACAUUCCUGUGAAAAAUUGCUGCUUUCGUUUUGCGCUGCCUCUAUGGAGGUAGGUAAUGUAGUUUAUUCGAUAUUGAGGUUCUCUUGACUCUUAAAGUGAUACCAAAUUAAUUCAAGUCUGCAUAUUUUUAGAAAAUGAUAAAUUUCAGAUUGGACAUUUACUGCUUUUUAAUGUUAGUUUAUUAUGCUUAUUCUUUACUUAAAUAGUAUUUAAAACUUGCAUGUGGAAGACAGAAAGAGACAGUACCAAAUCAGUUACUGGAAUUACAUUUUGUGGAUUUUAAUUAAAAAAAUUAUAUGAGCCUUUAACUUUCAAAAACAGUUAUAUUACAUGUAUGUUGCCUCGCAACAAAGAUUGAGAAUAGUGUAAUAAACCAAGUGAGUUAGUCAGAAGAAAAGAAUGACAGUUGGUUAUUUAGACUGGCAAUAUCAGGUGCUUCUUUUGAAACUGAGCUGGUUUGAUUUUUAUCAAUUGGUCACAAUGUUAACAGAUAUGCUUCAGUUUACAGUAUGUGGGGAUCAGUUCUUGCGUAUAUUCUACAGGUUUGCAUUAUCCAGAGCUGAUUUAGAAGCAGACUAUAUAUGGUGCGUUGAUGCACAAAAGGAACAAGAAUAACACAAAGGUCAGACAUUCUCCAAUUUCUUUGGCAGAUCUAUAAUUCGUGACUUGCAGCCUGACUGGUUGGGUGGGUUGAUGCAUGCAUGUGUCUUGCAUUUAAUUUUGUCUGAAUUGGGUGGGGGGGGGGGGGGGGGGGGGGAAUGGGGGUUGGGAAAAGCGGGGUGUGUGAUAGGGGAAAGGGUGAAUCAUUCUUAUUGCUAUAUCUGUGUUUAAGUGGUGUUCAAUCCUUGACCUACUCAUCUAGAUUACGACUGGAGCAAUUGUUAGGACACUUUAACUGUCCUAAAUGGUCCAGGUUAAGUAUAGUAUAGUUGUAUAGUGUUCAUUAUCUUAAACACUAUUCGUUAAUCUCCACUGGAAGUGCAGAGUUGAUGGUGAGUGGGAAAUUGGCCGUGACAUGUUUCUUUGAGGUAGCCUGCUGAACUCGACUGAAAUAAUUGAAAACCUUCACUUGGAUGAGAUAGAACAAUGGUGCAUCUAACUUGUGGAACCAUAUCUACUGUUUGGAAUUAAUCUCUCUGGAAGCGACAAGGAGGGACAAAUUUGACAGGGAAAUUAAGGUACAUCGUAAACGAAGGUAUAUCAUAAGUUAGCUCGUGAUUAGUAAUUAGUUAGUGCUACAUCGUUACGUCUAAAGGGGCUAUGAAGACUGGGAUGGUAGAUUAUUGGCAGAAAUAAUAUUUUUAAGUAUCAAUGAUAGUUAUUAAACAUGGAGAAUGAGUUAGGUAGGAAUAUUGCAGUCAAUGAAUGAUGGAAGGUGAUACUUUUAAGAUUGAGAUUGCACAUGUAUUCAAAGUUUAAAAAAAACGAAAUUUGUGAUCUAUUGUGUUGAAAUCUGGAUUAAGCACCAUAAGAGAAAUUGGUUUUACCACAGCUGUUGCAUGGAAUGGAAAAUUAUUCUGAGUAAGGGAUGGAGUUAAAGAGCGGAGAUAAAGAAUAAAAUAGAAAUUAUGGCAUCUUGAAUAAGAUUUAUUUGCCAAAGACAUUGAUAAAUGUUUGCACUUGAAGCUUUUGAUGAUGAUAAAUGUGCAUGGGGAAUUGAGUCUAGGAUGCUGAAAACUAAUGAGCAGUAAGUUUUAGAAUUCUGCAGAGCAUUGUUGUGAUUUGAAUGUUAAUUACACUAUUCCAAAACAUUGUGGAGGAGAGCGCUAUGUAAAAAUGGGGUAAAUUUUUUUGAUGCAAUUGUUCAUUAUAAAUAUCCAGGGAAUUUGAAGCAGUUAACAAUGAGGAUGCAUUUUGAAAGUAUUUGGUUAUGACAAAAAAAAACUUCUCAUCUUAUUGGUAAGCUAUAACAACUGUGUAUGUAAUAUUCUGUGCUGUUCCGUACACUCCAAAUGGAUAUUAAUGUCUUGGAAAGAAUGGGUUGCCUGGUGUGUAAUGGAGGAAGGAUAUAAUUUAAAUUAAAGGAAAGACAUUGGAGUCAUUACCAACUAGGUAUCUCAAAUCCUGAAAAACAAGGACUUGGGAUUUAAGAGUUGCUGUUAUCUGGAAUAUUAUCUUUAAAUGUCCAGUUAAAAUUUCCUGCCUGCUCUAUAUAUUGCAAUUGUUGAUUGGAUGUUAUCAACAUCCCUUGUAAUUGAUUGCAUAUAGUAGCAUAUAAUGCAUAUCGUAUACUAGUAGCCAUCAACUGUACUACCCUUUUCUUUGCUCCCUUUCUUGGGCAGUACAUUAGUUUCAGGGUUUUGAUCCUUGUCUAUUACUGUUCUAAGAUGAAACGGUGAAGACCUCAGAAAACACCAGUAUUAUGUCCUUGCACUAUGCUUAAUAUAUGUGUGAGAUAGGCUCAAUUUUUUUUUAAAGACCUGGCUUAGUUUUUCCAAAAAUAGGGAUUUAUGGUUUCUAUAAAUGAAAACCUAUAUUAAUCUAGCACUCCAAAAUAUUAUUAGAUCGGUUGGGUCCAAUGAAAAGUGGACAACUAAUGGGGGUUCUGCUGCUAGAAUUUUCAUACCCUGAAAUUUCAACGCGGGAACUAUUUAUCAAGGAGAUAAAUUGUACCCAUUUACGUGACUGAAAAUUGUUUGUGGCUAGUUGGCGGGGGGGGGGGGGGGGGGUUGGACAAAGUGCUUUUUCUGUUUUAUUAAUGUGUGUUUGCUUCUGUUAAAAAUAUUAAGGGUCCAUUUUUUCUGUUUGUGCUCAACAGAAAAAAUGCAUUAUGCAAAUUAAUUGACCAAAUUUGUCAUGCUUGAAUGUUAUCAAGAAAAACAUUUUUUUACACUAGGCCUCAUCAUUCAUAGUUGUUUAAUCUGCCUUCAACUGAAUUUCAACAUUAGACUGAAAUCAAUGCAAAUUUUAAUUCUGGGCUUUGAUUUGUUUUCUUCCUCUCCUCACCACCAUCUCCAAACAAACUUUUUGUAAACAAGAGAUCCAAGGCCCGAUUCUUAAGAGACUAUCUCUUCAAACCUAUCAUGGUUUUUAGAUUGGCUUAGUUGGUAACAUUCUUCACUUUAAAACAAAAGAUUAUGGGGUUAGGUCUUUGGUUUGAUAUUGAGAGAUGUCUUCCUGUUGUGAGGUUAUGCUGUUAUCACAUCUACUUCUUCAGAUGAACAUUCUUACAGUAAUAUUCACAAUAGAAAUAAGGCAUUCUCCCUGUGUUCCUCGCCAUCAUCAUUAAAUCAAACAGCAUGUAUAUCUCACUUGCUAUAUGUGUGAUUUUGCUGUACUACCAUCUGUUUAAUGGUGGUGACUAUUGUAUUUAGGAAUAUUUGCAAAUGCAGAAGAUUAUUAAGCUUUUUAGCAGUAAACCAGGCUUUUCCCUGCACUUUCCAUCAAAAAUAUGCAAUCUGGCAGAAGAGAGAUGGCAGUUACGUUUGGUUACCAGGUAUUUGGUUAGCUUUUCAACGUCCUUUACAUAAUAUACUGGGCACAGUACAGCAAAAUUAAAAUUUGUACGUAUGCAUGGAUAAGUUGUGUGUACAAGAAAAAAUGGGCCCUUAAUAGAGUAGAAUUAUGUUUCUGUAAUUGCAACAUGGAGUGUUAAUCAAGCUGAUUAUUGUAAAAAUUCAUUGUAAUGAGAUGUACUUUCUGUUGUUAAAGUUUUCAAAAAACCUUGUCUUUGAGGAAAAUAGUAUGUUGUGUAACUUUAAUUUCAUGUGUAUUGUAAAAUGAUAUUUGCCAUUUGAUGUAUUUUAUUAUACCCUUCUGUAUCUUGUUAUUCUGUGUGAAGGCAGUACUUUCUUUUGAUUCAGUUUCAAACUGGACACUACAGUUGAGAGAAUAGCCAUGCGAGGCUCCAUCAUGAAAAUUACUUGUUGUUGCUGCUUGGGUACUUGAUCAGGGGUCCGUCUCAGCUCCAUUAAUUGUUGUCAAUGUGCUACCUAAUUUUUCUUUUAUAUUAAUGUUUAUUGCUUGACUCUCAUGUAAAGUAUGGAAUUGUUUUUUGGUGUGUGUUACUGUUGGCAAAAGCAAUAAACCCACUUUGGUGCAUUUGUAUUUAAGAGAAUAGAAUAAGCACAGAGACGGAUCAGAAAAAUGCAUAAUGUUUCGUCAUUUUUCAUUCUCUUGACCUUCUGUGUCUUUUAAAUUUCAGAAUCAUUUGUCAAGAUCCAUCUUUUAAAAAGAGAAUGUGUACACAGUCUGAAGGUUCCCAUUUGAAGCAUCUGGCAUCCAGGAAUUGAAUGGAAUAAAGUGAAUAUUGGUUUAUAAAACAAUUUGAAAAUCCCAUCUAAGGUAGUUUAUCCUCCUUGCCCCAGCCUAGUGGCCAUGAAAUUUUACAUGAUAACUUAUUCAAAAUUAUGUCCAAAUAUGUCAACUUGGUGUUCAGCAGGUGCAUUGAGUUCCCUUCUGUUUAUUUAUUUUUCUAUAUAAAUGGUACAAUACAAAUGCCCUCUAAAUUAAAGAUAAUUUCAUCCCAUAUUGUCUGUAAUAGACAGUAUAAAAAUGUGAUCAAUAGACUGCAUGCACCAUUUGUUAGAUUCCACCUUUUACAUUAGCAAGAGGGCUGAGUGCAGCCUGACUUGUCAUCGCAGUUGAGGAUUCAAACUCCUGCCAGGAAAAAGUGCAUUAUAUUUAGACAUAAUUUUGGACACACAAUAGUUUUAUAAUAGUAUAAAUAUCAUCUGAAAUUGAUAUGUCUUGUACAUCACCAAGAUUUAUACACUUCAUAUUAUAGCAUUGAAUUACCACUUUUAUAUUUGAAGUAAUUCCUUGAUAGUAUGGAAUAUUGUGGUGCUGGAUAAGGCAGAUCAGUUUCAAUGUUGCCUAAACAUUGCAAGCAUUUCUACACUUUUAAAACUAUCAUCUUUUUAAAUUAUAUUUAAACAUAUUAAGUUAAUGAAUGGCAACAGAAGUGUCACAUUUUGCUCUACAGGAUUUUUUUCCCCACACACACACGUGACAGGUGAUACCUCAAUUCAGACCACUUCUAAAAUGCAUUCCAACAUGAAGUGGUUGAACAAUUUGGUGAGGGGAGGGGGAAUACUAUUAAAAGCUAUGAUCUCUUAAUUGGAAUUUUAGCGUUAAAGGGUUGAAUCUUUAUAAAUCAUUUACUGGCUCAAAACAUUCCACAAACGUGUUUCCAUUGUGAACCCAUCUUUAAGAACUUGAGCCAGUUGCAAAAUACUUUUUUCUGUAUUUAUUCUGACUGGUAUCCACUCAGAUUUGAUGAGUCUUUUUUUAAAAACAUAAGACAAUUUGAUAGCAAACAAGUUCAAAUUAAAACUCGUUAAACUCAAAAGGAAAUGCAGAUUUUAACUAAUUGAAUUUUUCAAAAUUUACGUGGAAAAGUCUGAGAAUCAUCAGUUCCUUGGCUGAUUUUAAUUUUAAAGAUUAAUAGGAAAAUCUUUGGAGAGCACAGCCCAACUAUGUGGCAUGUUAGGGAAUGACAAUCUCUUAAUAAAAGGUUAUGGGGUGUAGCAACAGUAUGCCCAAUAAUUUGAGUAAAUGAAAUCAUUUUAACUUCACUUGGGUGUUUGUGUGUGUGAGAGAGUCUCGGAGAGAGUGUACGAUUUUCCUAAGUAAUUGCUUCACAUAUGAUCAAGAAUGGGAGCCUCCAGAGAAAGUACAUCCAGACCUUUUUUUUAAAAAUUAAAGUAUGUAUUGUGAAAUUCCACGUAAAGUGGAUGGAACAGCAUUCAAGAAUAAUGUUCAUACUCGUGCAGUUUACUUAGAUAUGUGAACCUGAAAACUUUGUAAACAUAAAAGUGCUGAUACUUUAACAUUUUCUUGCUGUUUCAAUGUUAUUCUUGAAGUAUUUUGUUUUGCUGAACUAUAAACUAAUAAAGUUCAAGUUACAUAUUGAAA